UCAAGGGGAAAUCACCCAGCUGUGGAGCCCCUUUCUAACACUCUUCCAGCUCAGCUCUGACCUUGGACCAGUCAUGUGUAGCUCUCUAGGAUUCAGUCUCAUCUCCAAAAUGAAGUUAUAAUUACAUGGAAGGACCCUUCUGGAUCCAAAUGACCAGGGAUCCUCUACUCACAUGGGAUACAGGGACCCCUAUUUUUCCCCAGGCCCUAAGGUAUGUCCCCCUUUAUUGUUUGCUAUUCAGAUCUAUCCUAUUAGCCCUCUACUCCAACCCUAAGGAAUGUUUGUGUAGGGCUGACCUGGGCUUGGAAAGAAACAGAACAGUUUAUCUCCAUAGAAACUGCAACUUCAACCAGGCACUUCAGAGGAACAGUAAAGGAUGUGGGGGUGUAGCCUCAACGCUCUGGUAGCGCGGAACACAAACUGCAACUCCCAGGAUAGCGCGAGAUCGGAAAAGAGCAAAAGGAGUGUUGACAGGCGGAGCCGGCUCGGAACCACCCAGCCAGCCUCUAGAAAGGGGCGUGGCUCUGAGUGAAGGGCGUGGCGUUGCGCACAGCAGGAAGGAGUUACCUGUUGGAUUGUUCUAUCCAUUCUUUUCCCAGCUCUAGCAAUUAUCCCUAAGCAGGAAGCCGCAGACCGUAAGCCUUUUCGGAAAAAGAGACCCUUUGGCGUACUUGUCUGGGGCACUCGCUCGGCCUCGGGAAGAGAGAAGGGAGGCGACUUUUCGGCAGCGAAGGAACGGCCGGGCUAGGCUUCCUCUAGUCUGUGUUCUCCCUACCCUGAAACGAUAGAGCCGGAUGGCUUCCGCGGUCUGGGGGAGUGCCCCCUGGUGGGGCCCGCCGCCCCCGGCCCCAGCCCGCCCGCUCACGGACAUCGACUUCUGCUCUGGAGCCCAGCUCCAGGAACUAACCCAGCUUAUCCAGGAGCUGGGAGUACAGGAGAGCUGGAGAGACGGGCCCAAGACUGGACCAGACCUCCUACGGGCCAAGGACUUUGUUUUUUCUUUACUUAGUCUAGUUCACCGCCGAGACCCCCGCUUUCCUCCCCAAGCAGAGCUCUUGCUGCUUCGUGGCGGGAUUCGAGAGGGCUCCGUGGAUCUGGGGCCUUCACCCCUAGGUCCCUAUGCCCGGGGACCUCACUACGAUGCCGGUUUCACACUACUGGUGCCCGUGUUUUCUCUAGAUGGCACUGGGCACGAGCUGCAACUGGACAUGGAAUCUUAUGCCUGGCUCUGCCUGCCAGAAUUGAUGCACGGAACCUCGGUCCGAAAGGCAUGGCAGGAUUGCCUAGGACCCCCAGUCCCAGGAGGACGUGAUUCGAUCCCCCAAACCGAAAGCGAAGAAAGUCCCAAGAACCAGCAAAUCUCCGUGGACCAACCGCACGGUUACGUCACUGAGCUUGAGCUGCAAGUGUCGUUGGAAAAGUCACCUAGUAACGGUUCUGGGCCCGAGUCGCUUCGGCAAGAUUUAACUGAUCUUGGCUUUCCCGCACCGCUGAAAAAACUGAAUGGUGACGUCACCAAAGCAGCCUCGGAUAGUUCAGUCCCAGAGCCCUCGGAGGCUCCAGAGGCGUGGCCCACGUUGUGCCCUGCCAAGGUGGCUGCAUGGUUCUUUGCUACGCUGGCUGAGGUCGCCGAGUCCCUGAUCCCGGUCCCGGGUGCCCCGCUCUUGGUCCACGCAGCCCGUCACGCGGGGUUCACCACCAUCCUCCUGGCUACUCCUGGGCCCCCACGCCGCCUCCUGCUUUUCGACCUGGUCCCCGUGGUGUCCGUGGCUGGCUGGCCCGAGGGGGCUCGGAGCCACUCGUGGGCCGGCCCGCUGGCCUCCGAGUCAUCCUCCUUCUACCUGGUGCCUGGCGGCGACAUAGAGCGACCGGGCGCUUCCGGCUGGCGGCUGUGCUUCGCCCGCCAGGAGUUGGCGCUCAAGGAGCUCAUACCCGCCCCGCUGCUGCAAGCGCACGCGGCUGCCCAGGCGCUGCUGCGCCCGCUGGUGACCGGGACCCGGGCCGCGGCGCCCUACCUUCUGCGGACGUUGCUCUACUGGGCUUGCGAGCGACUGCCCGCGCUCUAUCUGGCACGGCCCGAAAAUGCAGGCGCCUGCUGCCUGGGGCUGUUGGAUGAGCUGGGCCGUGUGCUCGAGGCCGGGACUCUGCCCCACUAUUUUCUGAGCGGCCGAAAGCUCUGGGCAGGGGAUGGCGCUGCUACGCUGCUCGUGGCGUUGGCCCGGCUUCGUGGGGACCCUGCUCGGGCUCUGUGCGCCACGGUGGAGGAGGCCAAGACUGCGCGCAAGGGGGGCGGCUUAGCUGGAGUGGGAGGCGGGGCCCAUUAAAGCCUACUCCUACCAGCAUGUAAAGUGCUCACUACCUCACUUGGGAGACAGACUUAGCACCCUGGACCUGAAGAUCCCGUUCUAGAAGGGAUCCUUGAGAAUUCCUUCUUCCCGUCAUUCUACUCGCCUCCCGCCCCAUCCUGGUACAGGUGGCCCCAUUCUGGCUUCUCUGCUCUCCAAAUAUAUGGCCAGCAUCCCUCGUGCCCUGGUACAUCCUCUGGUAACCAUCUCCCCCCAGUUCUUACGGUCUUUUUGGAGUCAGUAGGAACUGGCGGCGGGGGGUGGUGGUGGUGGAACAUAUUUGCUGACAAAACGUGCAAAGGAGAGCGGCGUGGUGACCAGAGACAAACCAAAUUUGGC